AUGAUUCUUUCAUGGAGAUCAAGAAGAAAGUCCAAGAAAGACAAGAUUCCAAUCCAAGAAAUAAAUUCGGAGAUGGAAAUCAUGAUUCCGAGGCAUUUCUGCUGUCCGAUUUCUCUCGACUUGAUGAAAGAUCCGGUGACAUUAUCGACAGGAAUCACUUACGACAGAGAAAGUAUCGAAAAAUGGAUCGAAAAGGGCAACCUAACUUGUCCGGUUACAAACCAGGCGUUAGCAAGCUUCGAUCAGAUUCCAAACCAUUCCCUACGCAAGAUGAUUCAAGAUUGGGGUGUCGAGAAUCGGUCUUAUGGGGUCGAAAGGAUUCCUACGCCUCGUGUUCCGGUGUCACCGUACGAGGUUUUGGAGAUUUGUAAGAGGAUAGUCGUUGCUACUCAACGAGGUGAGCAAAAGAAGUGUCAAGAACUGGUUAGGAAGAUCAAGAAUUGGGUUAAAGAGAGUGAGAGGAACAAGAGAUGCAUUGUAGAGUGUGGGGCAGGUUGUGCCUUAUCGGCUUGUUUCGAGUCGUUUGCAAGUGUUUCAAUGGAGAAAGAUGAGCAUUUGUUGGGAGAGAUUUUAUCGGUUUUGGUAUGGAUGAUCCCACUUGGUGAAGAAGGCCAAAGUAGGCUUGGAUCGGUCAAGUCUUUGAAUUGUUUGGUAUGGUUCUUGAAGAGUGGAGAUCUUUCAGCCAGGCAAAAUGCAGCUUCGGUGCUUACAAAUCUUCUUGCUUCAGAUCAAAAGCAUGCAAAUGCUUUAAUGGAGAUUGAAGGAGUGUUUGAAGCAUUGGUUGAGUUGAUCAAGGAGCCUAUUUGCCCUACAGCCACCAAAGCUUCAUUGAUGGCGAUUUUCUACAUGACUUCGCCAUCAAGUCUCAAUGAGAAGAUGACAUCAACAUUCGUGGAAAUGGGUUUGGUCUCACUGAUCAUAGAGACUCUUGUGGAUGGAGAUAAAAGCAUAUGUGAGAAGGCACUAGGUGUUUUGGACCAUAUUUGUGAUUGCAAAGAAGGGAGAGAAAAGGCAUAUGAGAAUGCUCUAAUUGUGGCUGUUUUGAUCAAGAAAAUCUUGAGAGUAUCAGAUUUCGCAUCAGAAUUGUCAGUUUCCAUUCUUUGGAAGCUUUGCAAGAAUUAUGGAGAGAGAUCAGAGGAUGGUGAUGAUGGUGAAGGAGGUGUUGUACUUGAAGCGCUUCAAGUCGAUGCUUUUCAGAAAUUAUUGGUCUUAUUGCAGGUGGGUUGUGAUGCAAGCACAAAGGAGAAGCUUAAAGAGAUACUAAAAUUGUUGAAUCUUUGUAGAAUGAUGGCUCGUUCUUUCGCAGGUUCACCCGACAAGCUUACGUCAACAAAGCAACACAAAGGAAAUGAGGAAAAAAAUGGUGGGUUUGGUUUGGAGUGGAAUGUGUGGACGUAUCUCGUGUAUGGCCAUGGUGGGGGCUCACAAAUGCUUGGAACUCACAAGUAG